AGAAGUGUCUUCGUUCGUGUCUGGAUCGCAAACUUUGCUUCGAAUUAAACCCAUCUCUCACCUUCCCUUGCAAUCAAAUCUCCAACGAAAUCAAUCUCUCUGCGGAAUUCUCACUCUUCUGGGUUUAUCUCUCUCCCUCGUCUCCUUAUCUCAGAUUCUAGGGUUGGAAGUUUCUAUCUUCUUGUUUCGGUUUAGUGUUGGUGUCGAUUCAUUCUCUGUAGCUAAAUUUGAGUAGUCUACUAUGAUUGGUGGAGGUCAGCUUUGCGUGUGGCCUGGUGGUUUGAGACAUCCGUGCCUCGGGAAACGAUAGAGGUGAAGCAGGACCAGAUGGGAACUUGCCGUGCGGGAGAGAGGACGAUGGUGAAAGCGAAGUGUUUGUUAAGUAUAAUCGAAUGCUGCAUGGGAAGAAGAAGAAAAGAGGCCAAACAAAUGAGAAAACUCUGACGAUUAAGUUCCUAAAGAAGUACAUUCAAUAUGCCAAGCAUCGAAUUCAGCCAGCUCACUGAUGAAGUAAGACACUGAACUUAAACAUGCAGCUUUACAUAUUUUAUAUCUAUUAAAUCCGACGCAGAGGCUGCAUCUGUUAUUGAUUCAUUGAGAAAGAAAAAAUUGGAAUUUGACUUACAUAUUGAAUACUCAUCAUCACUGAUAUAACAAGACUAGCAAAAAGAUCAAAUGGUCGCCACCGUGAUCACGGCUAUAUUCCAAGGCUCCGUCUCCGUCCUCAUCUUCACCAACACGGCUAACUUCCUAGGGAGUCUCAAGUCGUAUGUGAGGGAGGAAGAUGCGGCUGUGAUCUUGAAGCUUGGUGGUGGGCUCUGUGUUGUGAUCUUUUGUUUUGAUUGGGUUGUGCUUGUGUUGGCUUUCUUCUUGAAGUAUUACGCUUAUGUUGAGGGUGGUGGUGAUAGAAGCGUUGCGGUGAAGAGGAGUGGUAAGGUGCAGAGUGAUGAGAAUCCUAAGGAUUGGCCAUGGCCUUUCCAAGUUUGAAGUUUAGUGUCUUCUUGUGUUGUUGAGAGCUAUAUCAGUAUCAAAUGUUGUCUUUUGAUCUGUUUCUUUUGAUUUGUUCAUUUGUUGUUUGUUGUAUCUGUCAUUGUUGGCAAUGAUUGGCUACAUAUAUAUUAUAUGUGUUUCCUAUGGAUUGUUCUUUACUCAUUGUUAUAUAUUAUAUGUGUUUCCUA